UUGGAAGAGGUUUCACCGGAGAAACAGGAUCCCUUACUAUUUACGAAAACGUCUCAAAAUCUCGCCAUUCUCAUCGCGUCCGAUAACAAACAACAUCGAAGUCGUUCUGUUAUUUAAAAAAAUAUUUAAGGACUGUUGAGACUUACUGAUUACAGAACUACAAAUCAAAGAGAACUACAAUAAACGUGUUUAACUGCACUUCCGGUUCCCCGUCUACUGCGAAGAUGGCGGCGUCCACCAAGUCCCACGCGAGCCGAGCUCGUGUGAUUCCUGGAGGCUUUACAGUUUUGUCCCUGAAAUUCCAGUUGAGCAGCGUCGCGCACCACCAGCUAUGCGUGAAAGAACACAGAGUGCGUGCGGAAAAGAAUGUCCACAGACCGCUGGACAGAACGCUUUUUGUCCUCAACAUUCCGCCGUACUGUGCACAGAGCACGGUGAAGGAGCUCUUCUCUCAGUUCGGGCCAGUUGAGUCUGUGGAGCUGAGUGAGAAACCAGGAUCCAUUAAUCCUGAGAAUGCUAAUGCUAACCUGGCCCAGUUCUUCACACCUGCAGAGAAACGGUGUUUUAAGGUGGGCUACGUCGUGUUUAAGAACACCUCCAGCAUAUCAGCAGCUUUGGUUCAUCCUUACGAGUCCCACCUCAUCGUCUCCACUCAGGAAAGACCAGUCCCAACUGGGAUGCAAAAGUGGAUCCAUGAUUACACACAGUCAUUUGUUAAGCCAGAUAUUCUGCAAAAGGCAGUGGAUGACUUCAUGAACCAGUACGACAAGAGGAAAGAGGAGGAAGCACAGCGUCUGAAGAAGGAGGCGGAGCAACAGCAGGAAGAUGAGGAGGGCUGGAUUAAAGUGACCAAGGGUGGCCGAGGGGCUAAGACCUGCCCACACACUGAGGCAGCCAAUGAGAGGGCUCUUCAGAAAGAAAACAAGAAGAAGAAACGCAAAGAGUUGCUGAACUUUUACUCAUGGCAGCACCGCAACACACAGCGAGAACAUAUCGCAGAACUAAGGAAGAAGUUUGAGGAUGAUAAACAGCGCAUUGCUCUGCUCAGGUCACAGAGGAAAUUCAGACCCUACUGAACUACAUUACCCACAACACCCCUUGUCCCAGAACUGUUUCUUUCUGCUCCCAAUCUGCACAUCUGAUUGUUGUAUUUUUGUUUUAAAUAAAUAUAUUAAACAUCUGUCA